AAACUACAAACAUAUAAUUUGAUGGCAGACAAAUCACACAGUGUGUCUGUUAUUACCUCAAUGUAAUUGCAAGACGCUGUUUGGGUUUGAUGGCUGCUCGAUAAUUCGUUGACUGACUUGUGAGCUCUGUUCCAACAACAGAAAAAAGCUUUCAAGUCCAUUUACUCAGCACUCGUAUGGAAAUAUGUCAGAUGACGGUCUUUAUCCAGAUUGUGAAAAGCACCAAGUCUCCUGCGCAGGUUAAUCGGAUAAACCAACAUUCUUCUACGCAUCCUUGAUGCAACUUUCUGAACAAAAGUUAAAGUGCGAUGAUUCUUCUUCUGUCUACAAAACAUUAUAAAGGGAAUUAAAACAAAAUGUUUAAAUACCAUACGGCCGUAAAGUAGACUAUGAAAAAUGAUUUUAGAUAAAACAUUGUCUUCCAGGUAUUACAGAUAUUCUGCAAGUUAUAAUGUAUAAAAACAAAAAUAUUGAAAGAACUUAUCCAUUGUUUGAAAUGGUUAUAUUUCUGCCAAACACGCUUUGCAGCCGCUGGUCUGAUGCUGUACUUACAUGCUUCCAGUGUGAAUACUCGACAGUCUGCUGCUGUAGUGACGAUGUAGUUGUGGGGACGCACUGCUCGCGCACUGCUCACGCUUGCAAUCUGAAAGAGGGGUAAGAUUAAGACUAAAUCAAAAAUGCCUGCCAAAAUUAACACUGCUGUGUGUGUGUGUGUGUGUGUGUGUGUGUGAUUUGGAUGGGUUAAAUGCAGAGCAUGAAUUCUGAAUAUGGGUCACCGUACUUAUGGAAGUAAAUUAAUGCCAAAUGUAUUUGAAUUAAAAAAGCUUAUUGAAUUACAAUAAUUGAAAAAAUAUGCAUUGCAAUAGCCGUACCUGCAUUUAAAUGCUUUGAAUUUUUAAGUCUUGCAUAAUUAUGGGCUGAAAUUCAACAUGGUUGUAUAUUUAAGACAUGAAUAUUUCAAUUAAAAACAUUUCAAACUGAUUUUCAAAAUCAAAAAUUCAAGAAUUCAUAUUCACCUUUCAGAUUUCACUUCCAAAAUAUUCGAUCUGUUUAAAAAUACAACCUACAAUAUUCAACAGGCAAGUUUCAGUCCAUUUUAUUUCGCUUUACAAAUUCGCUUCCACAAAUUCAGUGGUUCAAAUUCGACAGUAAAUUCAACGUUUCACAUCCGGGAACAACAGGAAAAUCAGUAGAUUACCGAUCACAAUCUCAUCUGCUGUAAAUCGUCUUCACCGGCAGGAGGUGCAAUCGCUACUUUGUCUUAACAAGUAUCAACGAAACAGUCACGAGAGGCCUUCAUAAAACAUCAUUUGACGAAAUGGACCGAGAGGGAGAUAAUGAAGUGCUGAGAUCAGCAAGGCACCUUUUGUCACUUUUGACACAAGAGAGAGCUGAUGGGUCUUCUACUAGUCAGGGUAUAAACAGGUCAUCUCAUGUUAGAGGCCAAACUCCUGGGCCAUCUUCUGUCCAAACAGAAAUGACCAGGUCCUUUCCUGGAUUGUUCUCAAAUCGUAGAGGAAAACGACGUUUCACUGGACCAUGUCCUGUGCCCAUAAAACCCAAACCAUUUCAGGUCAUGUUCCAUCUGCUGCCAGCCCAAUGUGAGCGGUCCCCUAGUGGUCCAGAUCAACUGCUCCAUACACAGGCAGGACUGGGACGCAGAACUGCCACUCUAGAUGAGAGUAUGACUCAUCAGGAGUUAUGUGAUAAACUCAUGGAAUUGUAUCCAAAACUUGGUGAGGUAACUGGUGGUUGGCUUCUUUAUAAGGCAGCAGGGGGUUGGGGAAGCCGGAAGCUUUCACUUGUGGCACCUGCGGACUGUGGGUACACAGGCAGGCUUAUCAAAACCUCCAAAAUAGGGGAGAAUUCUGUCAUCUAUAUAGCUCCACUACAAGAUGAGCUCGAUGUCACUCCCUUGCCACCAUCAUCAGAAGCAUUCCGAGAUAUGCCUAAAGCAAUGUGCAAAAAAUGCAAAAUACUGUACCCACUUCAGAUCCUCACAAAUCACAUUAAGACUUGUUCUGAUGUUGUUGUGGUCGAAGAUGGAGAUGAAAGUCAGGAUGAAACUCUGCAUGAUGCACAAGAUGUGGAAAGUGAAAAAAAGAGCAAUGAACAGGCUUGCUGUCCUAUUUGUCAAGAAGAAAUGCCCCUUGACAUCUUGGAAGUUCAUGCCAGUGAAUGUGGGGAAAGAUCUAUGGAUGAUGAAAAUAACAACACAACUGAGUUGUCAUGUAUGGAUAAUGAAGUGAACGACACUGCUGAGUUUUUAUACGUGGAUAAUGGUACCGAUUGGAAAACCCAUCCAGAUCCAAAAGUAUCUAUGGCUUUGUACAGAAGGGAAAUUCUCAGACUGCAUGAGACAGGGAAACCUAUUUUAAUGUGUAUGGACUUGAGAACGUGUGCUGAAGAACAGGAAAGGCAACUGAUCAACUUCUACAAGCAAAGAAAUGUAGAGUGGGCCUGUCCUGUCAAAUGUCAACUUGAAGGGGAUGCUGCAGUUGGUGAUGGAGUCACCAGACACUUUUUUUCUACAAUUCUUGAAAAACUGAAGUAUGGUUUCAGUUUGAACUUGGGAAACACAGGAGUUACUUGCCUCUUUGAGGGACAGCCAGACCACUUGGUGCCCUCAUCCUCACAAUUCCUCAUUGAAAGUGACCUCUUCCUAGUAGCGGGGAGAAUGCUAGGUCAUUCUUUUCUGCACGGCGGCCCAUGUCUUGCAGGGCUCAGCAGAGCUUUUGUUCAUGUUCUACUUCAAGGUUCUCAAGAUACUGCCACUUUGCAAUUGGAGGACUGCCCAGAUGUUGACAUACGGGAGACCAUCAACUUGCUCAGUGGACAGUCUCCAUUGAAUGAGGACCAGUCUAGUAAAGUCCUGGAACUUUGUUUGUCUUGGGAUCUUCCUGGUCCAACAGAAGAAAACAGAAGGUGGCUUUACGAACGUCUGCUGUCACAUGCGGUUAUCGGGAGAAGAGUACGCCAAAUCAAGCAACUGAAACGAGGACUGAAAGACACUUUUGUUUGGCCUCUUCUAACUGAGAGGAAGGAUGUGGUAUUCUUUCCCAAGGAAUCGGAGGACUCAUGCACUCCUGAGAUGCUGCUUUCACAUAUCUCCUGGCCUAGAGAGAGUGAUGACGAAGAUGAUGAUGAAUACUCAGCUGAUAUAAAGGAACGGAUCACAGGGUAUUUAAAGCAGUUCAUUGAGACAGCAUCCAGCAAGGACUUAAAAAACCUUCUGAAGUUCUGGGUCGGAUGGGAGCAGAUGGAGGCAAAUAUGGCUGUGGAAAUUGUGACAAGUGAUCUCCCAAAAUCCUCUACCUGCUUCUGUAUUCUCCGGCUACCAGGGCACUACAACAGUUUCCAGUCCUUCACCAAGGACUUGAUGAUGUGCAUUGGCACUUGCAAGUAUGGUUUUGGCCAUGUGUAAUUUUUAGACACAUGUACAUGUUACAUUUGUUAUACAGUGAUAUACACUUUUAUUAAAUGCCGUUACUGCACUGAGGACCAAUGCUUUGUUCAAACCCAGCUUACAAGUUUUUUUCUUUUUCAUUUUUGGGAUUGCUUUGUACAUGAUGCUUGUUGAUCAUGUUGCUAUUUUUUUGAUACUAUGCUAUAAGAUAUAGUACGUUAAGUAAUGGGUUAAUGUAAUGUACACGCAGUCACUUAUACUGUCAACUUGUAUCGUUCCACAAUGGUUUUUUUCAUGCAUGGGCUCAUGCAGUGGUAUAGACAUGUUGAAUGUUAGUUGUUCCAUAGCUUGUCAGAAUUUGCUAAAUAUCAUCAAGUACUUUUUUCUUUUAAAGUAUUAGAAUUUAUGCAAAAUGUAUAUUUAAACAUGUUCAAUGGAAGUACAAAUAUUAAAAAUAAGUCUAUUCUUGAAUAAAAAAAUCCAUAAUCCAC